GAGGGUGAUCUCAGCAGGGAGAAAGUCCGCAGUAGUUAAAGUAGUCGGGAGGACAGGGAAGCUUCUGCCCCUGCAGCCCCUUUCUCCCAAGUCCUGCCCCUCCCCGGAGACCAGGCGGCGGAGUGCCGGGGACAGGAGGAGCUGCAGCCUCACUGACCGGCUGGGGGCUCCAGCCUUGGGAAUAAAUAGGAAUAGGAGCUCUGAGCGCUAAGCUCUCGCUGGGACCGGCUGGCGCCCCUGCCCUGCCGCCUGCCCUCCCGCCGCUCCUGCCGGUAAUGGAAAACCCAAGCCUGGCCACCGCCCUGGGCCGGGCUCUCUGGGCUCUCCUCCUGGCCACACUGGGCGCUGCGGCUGGCCAGCCACUUGGAGGAGAGUCCAUCUGCACCGCCAGACCCUUGGCCAAAUACAGCAUCACCUUCUCCGGCAAGUGGAGCCAGUCUGCCUUCCCCAAGCAGUACCCCCUGUUCAGGCCUCCUGCGCAGUGGUCUUCCUUGCUGGGGGCAGCUCACAGUUCCGACUACAGCAUGUGGAGAAAGAAUGAGUACGUCAGCAACGGGCUGAGAGACUUCGCCGAGCGAGGCGAGGCCUGGUCCCUCAUGAAGGAGAUGGAGGCUGCCGGGGAGAAACUCCAGAGUGUGCACGAGGUGUUUGCGGCCCCUGCUGUCCCCAGUGGCACUGGGCAGACCGCCACAGAACUCGAGGCUCACUCUAGGCACUCGCUGGUGUCCUUUGUGGUGCGCAUCAUCCCCAGCCCCGACUGGUUUGUGGGCAUCGACAGUCUGGACCUGUGUGAGGGAGGCCGCUGGAAGGAGCAAGUUACUGUGGACCUUUACCCCUACGAUGCCGGGACAGACAGCGGCUUCACCUUCUCUUCCCCAAACUUUGCCACCAUCCCACAGGACACGGUGACUGAGAUAACAUCCUCCUCUCCCAGCCACCCCGCAAACUCAUUCUACUACCCACGGCUGAAGUCCCUGCCUCCAAUAGCCAGGGUGACUCUGGUGCGACUCCGACAGAGCCCCAGGGCCUUCGUCCCACCAGCCCUGGACCUGGCCAGCAGAGGAAAUGAGAUUGUGGACAGCCUCUCAGUUCCAGAAACACCGCUGGACUGCGAGGUUUCCCUGUGGUCGUCCUGGGGACUGUGCAGAGGUCCUUGUGGGAAGCUGGGAGCCAAGAGCAGAACUCGCUAUGUCCGUGUCCAGUCUGCCAACAACGGGACUCCCUGCCCUGAACUCGAAGAAGAGGCUGAGUGUGUUCCUGAUAACUGUGUCUAAAACCAGAGCUUGCGGCCCCUCAUACCCCCUCAGCCUUGGGACACUCAGGCCUGGGUCAUUGUAGGCAGGUGGUCAAGGGCACAAGAGCUUUUUGUUUUUACUGUUCCUGCCCUUAGUGCAGACCAGGGCUGGCCAAUUAUCUCUUCACAGAAGGGCCUCUGGUGGCAGGGAAGGGAAUGCCAUGAAUAGGCUCCUUUUUGCGAUUUAUCCUUCUGUGUGGAUAAAUUAAUCCCCAAAGCUCACAAGUCUCCACUCUAAAUUAUGCCAUUAUGUCCUGUGAUAAUUUAUUACUCUUCUGGGAAGUUGUCUUCCAUACAGAGAACAUCCACACUAGUUCUUGGGUAAUACAACAUCCCUCAAGUCCAGGAGUCCUGUAUCCACACGGAAGUGAAAUACCUCAGACCUGGCACCCCAGGCUGCUGCUGCACCCACUGCCUGAGCAAGACUUCCACUGUGCACUGCUCCCAGCGCUGAGCAGGACAAAAACAUGAAAAUAAAAAGAGGGCGGUUUCAGAAACUUCACUUGGCAACUUCAUGUUAUUCACCUCUUUUCAUUUGAAUAAACCCUUUUUCUGCUCCUGA